AAGAGCACUCAGUGACCACUCUGUAGUCCAGCAGUCAAAGCAUAGAGUCUUUAGUCAUAUGGAAAUUAUGGGCUACUAGAGAGCAUUGGGACUGUCAUUUUGUUGGGAGUUUUCUCAUCUCAUACACGUCAAGAUGAGGGGCCUGCAGGUUAUUGUUACAGUGCUGGUCUGCUUACUGACGCCAGGAACUCCACUGGAUGUAUUUGGAAAGACAGAUUGGUCAUCGCUCUCACGAUGCAGUCUCUUUGGUGAAAACCACAUUAGGACAUUUGAUGGAACUUUUUACAACUUUCUUGGAGACUGCAGCUACAUGCUAGCCGGAGACUGCCAUAAACAUACCUUCUCUCUUCAAGUGGAUUACAGAUUUGGUAAAAAGAAGAGCAUCUCAAUGUAUCUGGGAGAAUACUAUGACAUUCAUAUGUUUUUUGAUGGAACGGCAACUGAAGGAGAAAAGAGCAUUUCCAUGCCGUAUGCUUCUAAUGGGAUAUACUUGGAAAACGAGGCCGGAUAUCACAAACUGUCUAGUCACGAACAUGGGAUAACGGUGAAGAUUGAUGUGAGCGGAAAUGUGCAAAUUUUGUUUUCCAAUGAACAUUUUAACAGAACGUGUGGCCUUUGUGGUAACUUCAAUCAGUUUGCAGAAGAUGAUUUUUUGACUCAAGAAGGCAUUAUAGCAGAAAAGAGCUACGAAUUUGCCAAUUCUUGGGCACUACACGGGAGUGAUAGGAGGUGCAAACGGAUUUAUCCACCCAGUAACACAUGCAACAUUUCAUCAGAAGCAGCAGAAAAGGACUUCAUGCAGAGAUGUCAGCUGUUGAAAUCAUCUGCAGUGUUCGGAAAGUGCCAUCAAGUUGUUGACCCAGAUCCCUUCAUUGCCAUCUGUGAGAGAGACAUGUGUGAAUGUGCAGAUGAAGUACACUGCCCAUGCCAAACGUUCUUGGAAUAUGCCCGAUCCUGUGCCCAGCAUGGCGUAAUUAUCCACGGGUGGCCAAAGGACACCAGUUGUAAGCCAGAGUGCCCACAUGGGAUGGAGUACAACGAAUGUGUGUCCCCGUGUGUUCAGACCUGCCAGAGUCUCAAUAUUAAUGAGGUUUGCCAGGAGAGCUGUAUUGAUGGUUGUAGCUGUCCAGAAAGGAAAGUCCUUGAUGGGUCUCGGUGUAUUGAUCCUUCUGAAUGUUCCUGUGUACAUGCUGGCAAGCGAUAUCCAACUGGGGCCACAAUCACUCUGGAUUGUAAUACUUGCUCCUGCAGAAACGGACUCUGGGAUUGCAGUGAUAAAGAUUGUCCAGGAGAAUGUUUUGUCACAGGACAGGGUCACUACAAAAGUUUCGACAACAAAUAUUUUACUUUCAGUGGGAUCUGCCAUUACCUACUUGCCAAAGACAACACGGACAACACAUUUUCUGUUACUAUAGAGACUGUGCAGUGUGCUGAUGACCCAGAUGCUGUGUGCACCCGGUCUGCUUCUGUCCGUCUCCUGGACAUGCAUAAUAUAACAGUAAAACUGAAACAUGGAGGAGGAGUGUCCAUGGAUGGACAAGAUAUUAUGCUCCCACUGCUGCAAGGUUCCCUCCGCAUCCAGACUACAACACUGGCAUCAAUACAACUCUCCUACCGCGAUGACCUCCAGAUUGAUUGGGAUGGCCAUGGAAAAUUACUGCUCAAGUUGUCUCCAGUCUACUCAGAAUCCACCAGUGGUCUUUGUGGAAACUAUAAUGGAAAUCAGCGUGAUGACUUUCUUCCACCAAAUGGGCUUGUUGAGGCCAGUGUGGAGGACUUUGGAAAUUCUUGGAAGCUCAGCGGUGACUGUGUAGAUUUGGUGAAACAAGACACAGACCCUUGCAUUUUGAACCCCAAAAGAGCCAGAUUUGCAGAAGAAGCUUGCUCCGCUCUGUUGGACUCCAUCUUCCAGCCAUGUCACCAUGAGGUCAACCCACUUCCAUACCUGAAGAACUGCCGAUACGAUGUCUGUGCCUGCUCCAAUGGAAAAGAAUGCCUCUGCUCUGCCUUCUCAAGCUAUGCCUCUGCCUGUUCCAGGAAAGGUGUACUUAUAGAAUGGAGAACACCUGAAUUUUGCCCGAUUGUGUGCCCAGAGGGAAAGGUCUACCAGGAAUGUGGAAGUCCAUGCAAUAAGACCUGUCGGUCCCUGUCCCACCCUGACACUAACUGCAGAGAGUUCUGUAUGGAAGGAUGUUACUGCCCUGCUGGUCUCUAUGCCACCGAAUUUGGAGAAUGUGUACCUAAAUCUGACUGCGAGUGCCACUACGAUGGAGAGUUAUUCCAGCCUGAAGACGUAUUCUCAAAUCACCAUUCCAUGUGUUACUGUGAAGAUGGAUUGAUGCAUUGCAUUGCUACUGACAUCCCCGGCUCCUAUUAUGCAGAUGCAUAUUUUAGCCAAUCUGCCAGAGUAAAAAGAAGUUUGGUGUGCCGACCUCCAAUGAGGAAAGCGGUUUGCUCACCGGAUGAUCCAACCAUAAGAGGAACCGAAUGUACCAAAACUUGCCAGAACUAUGAGUUUGAAUGCCCAAGAUCCUCCUGUAUUUCUGGCUGCCUGUGCCCUGAAGGAAUGGUCCGCCACAAUUUCAAGUGCAUCUAUCCAUCCAGAUGUCCAUGUACUCAUGCAGGAAAGGAAUACGCUCCUGGAGAGUCAGUGGAAAUUGACUGCAACACAUGUGUUUGCAGAGACAGGAAAUGGCAGUGCACAAACAAAGUGUGUGAUGGCACAUGUUCAGCCAUAGGAGUAUCCCAUUACUUGACAUUUGAUGGUAUGAAGUAUAGUUUCCCAGGUGACUGUCAGUACGUCAUGGUUCAGGAUUACUGCAAUGGAGAAACUGGAUCCUUCCGUAUGCUUGUUGGCAAUGUGGGCUGUGGUUUCACGGGAGAGAAAUGUUCCAAAAAAAUUACGAUUUACUUUAGAAAUGGUGAAAUUGAGCUGGCAAAUGAACAGGUCACCAUUAGAAAACCUCUGAGUGACGAGACUGGUUUUGAUAUGCUGCAGCCUGGGAACUUCUUUAUCCUCAUACUUGGAAGUGAAAUAUCUGUAACUUGGGACAAGGGGAUGAGAGUUUACAUCACUUUGAAGGAAACCUUAAGGGAGAAAGUCUGUGGUUUGUGUGGAAACUUCGAUGGAAUUGAAAACAAUGAUUUAGUAAGCAGUCAUAAUCAGGUCGAAAUUAAUCCAAGCAACUUUGGAAAUUCCUGGAAAGUGAAUCCUCAUUGUGCUGAUGCUGCAAUGUUCUCCACUGCGGUGUCAAUGCCACUCUGCCAAGACAAUGUUCUGAAACAGGCAGCAGUAGAACACGCCUGCAGCAUCCUCAUAGGUGACAUAUUUCUAACAUGUGAGAAACUGGUAGAUCCAACACCAUAUUAUGAGAUUUGCACGUAUGACACUUGCACUUGUGAAUCGAUUGGGGAUUGUUCAUGCUUUUGUGAUUCUAUAGCAGCUUAUGCACAUGCAUGUGCACAGAAAGGAGUGGUCGUGCAAUGGAGAUCAUCACAACUGUGUCCUCAGAGUUGUGAAGAGAAGAAUCAAAAAGAACUGGAGUAUGUGUGUGAAUGGAGGUAUAACAGUUGUGCACCAGCUUGCCCAGCAACCUGUCAACAUCCUGAGCCCUCAAACUGCCCUCUGAAGUGUGUUGAAGGGUGCCAAGCACACUGCCCACCUGGUAAAAUUCUAAAUGAAGUAUCAGAGUCAUGUAUUGACCCCAAAGACUGUCCGGUAUGUGUGGUCGGUGGUCGCCACAUCCCACAUGGAAAAUUUGUAUUCCUGAACCAAGAUGACUCCAAAAGCUGUCAGCAAUGCCAAUGUCUAGAUCAGACUCUACAGUGUAUUCCUUGUCCGAUAGACCACACGAUAGACCACAUAACAAAGACAAACAGUUCGACCCAGGAGACUUCUCCUGAGGAGGAGGAGGAGGAGGAGGAAGCUCCAGUCCCACCAGGAACUUAUAACUGUGAGAAAGCUAUGGACUUGGUUUUCCUGGUAGAUGGCUCCUCAAAACUGUCUGAAGCUGAAUUUGAAAUUGUGAAGGACUUCAUUGUCAGUAUCCUGGAGAAAAUCCGAAUCUCUCAAAAGCGUAUCCGUGUUUCUGUAGUCCAGUAUCAUUCUAAUCUCACACCAAAAUUAUUUCAUCUCAAAGAUAAAUUAAAACUUGCUGACAUGGUUGCUAAAGUAAAAAACAUGAAAUACUAUGGAAGUUCCACGGCUUCAACUUUUGAGGCUCUUAAGUAUGUUUCACACUAUGUUUUUCCAGAAGCUCCAAGGGACAACGCUCCAAAAAUGAUUAUGUUACUGUCAGCCAGCAAAAACCAAAAGAGCAUCGGCAGCUUAAUGAAAACUGUACUAAAGCGGAAAAUCACUGUAAUUCCAGUUGCCAUAGGCCCUAAUGCCAACUUAGAAGAAGUCAAAUUGAUUCAAAGUAAAUCAAUUCACAACAAACCCUUUAUAGUGCCAAAUGUCAACAACUUACCAAGCUACAAAGAUGAGAUUAUUGAUUAUUUGUGCGGUUUAGUCCCAGAGCCAACAAAGAAAACUCCUACACCCUCUACUCCCACCAAAGAGUCAAUUGUUCCUGCACCGUUACCUCCUGGUAAAGAAUUAUUCUUCCUAAUUGAAACUUCUAAGAACAUCACAAAGGAAAACUUUACUCAGACAUUAAAUUUCCUUGAGAAGCUGGUUUGGGAAAUGGAUAUGAGUAAAGAAGUCAUAUAUAUUACCAUUAUCCAGUAUUCAUACACAGUAACAUUGGAAUACAGGUUUACAGGAAGAGAAUCAAAACAGGAUAUGAUUCAGAAGAUCAAACAGAUUAGAUACAGAAGUGGAAAUGCUACCAAUACAGGAAAAGCCUUGCAAUAUAUAAGCCAUGAGAGUUACAGAAAAGGCUAUGAAAGCUCCAGCCAAGUUCCUCGUCUUGUCUACAUGAUACAAUCCAACCCUCCUACUGAUACGAUAACAAAACCUGGGAACAUGACCGUUACUCCUAUCAUGAUCGGUCAGCCUAUACCAAAAAUUGACAUCUUUGAUAGUUCCUUAUACGUGGAAAGAUACGACCAGCUUCUUAACAUAACCAAGAAGGUGGUUAAUUCUGUUGCUGAACCUGUUCCACCAACACUACCCCCCACCCCCAACAUAACCCCAGUGCCAUGUAUGAGACCCAUGGAUGUGAUAUUCUUACUGGACGGCAGCAUGAACAUCAUGAAAUCAGAGUUUGAACUCAUGAAAACCUUUGUCAAGAACUUUAUUUACAAGGCACAUAUUGGACCUGAAGAAACACAGGUGGCAGUUCUUCAGUAUGGAUGGACACCUCAGCUGGACAUUGCAUGGACAGACCCCCAGAACAAGGAAGGCUUGAUAAAGAUGGUGGAUACUAUGCAGAAAAUGGAAAGUGGACCUAGCAAAAUUGGAGAUGCACUGCAAUAUGCAGUCCAGAGUGUGAUUUCGGAAGUGCAUGGAGCAAGACCUCUCUCAUCUAAGAUCGCAAUUAUCCUUGUUGCUGACAAAUCAGAUGAUCAAGUUAAUGAUGCAGCCAGCUCGGCUACAGCAAACAGAAUAUCUGUUUUCCCAAUCGGAGUUGGAUCCCGCUAUGACGAGCAUGAAUUAUCCAUCCUAGCUGGGCCCUCUGCUAUCAACAAAAUCACAAAGCUGCAACUUUUUGAUGACCUGCCAACUAUUCUCCUGCUGGGAAAUGACUUUAUAAACAAGCUGUGCUCUGACUCCAUCAAAGUGUGCACUGAUGACGAUGGAAAUCAGAGAAAGGCCGGAGAAAGUUGGAUCCUUUCAGACCAGUGUCAUACUGUCAGAUGCCUGCCAGAUGGUUCCACCAGUCUAGAAAGUCACAGAGUGAACUGCAUGAAGAUCCCAAAACCAAUAUGUGACAAUAACCUGCCUGCCAUUAAAGUUGAAGAGACGUGUGGCUGCCGCUGGGUGUGCCCAUGUACCUGCAAGGGAAGUUCCAACAGACACAUUGUAACCUUUGAUGGUCUAAACUUUAAACUCAUCAGUAAUUGCUCUUACGUGUUGUUUGAUGACAAAAUGAACAAUGUGGAAGUCAUUUUACAGAACGGUGAAUGCAGUUCACUGAGCCAUCAGACCUGCAUGAAUUCUGUGAAAGUGAAGCAGGAUCAGGAAGAAGUAACACUGUUCAACAACAUGCAGGUAUCUGUCAAUGGAAGAUCAGUCACCGUGCCACAUCACAGCAGUGUGUUUGAAAUUGAUGUAUAUGGAGCUGUCAUACAUGAAGUCAAGAUUCCUAAACUAGGAUUUGUGUUGACAUUUACACCAUCAAUCAAUGAGUUUAUGCUGCAGCUUAAUCCCCACGUGUUCUCUUCAAGUACAUCAGGACUUUGUGGUGUAUGUGACCACAACCCAGGUAAUGAUUUCACACUAAGGGAUGGCUCGGUAACUAGAGACAGUAACCUUUUCAUAAAGCAGUGGACCUUGUCUGACCAUAUGGGUAGAGUAUGUGAACCUAUAAUAGAAGAUGUCUGUACCCAUCCUUCCAGCCCCCAGUGUAACAUCCUGCUCUCCAAAACAUUUGAGGCAUGCCACUCCAAGAUCCAACCCAGCACCUACUUCUCCCUGUGCCAGGAGAGCAGCUGCCAUGGACAAGACUUCUGUGAUAUCAUUGCCGGAUACAGCCACCUUUGCCGAAUACACGGCGUGUGCGUAGACUGGAGAACAACAGACCUUUGCCCCAUGAACUGUCCAAGUACCAUGGUGUACAACCACUGCCGCGUAGGAUGUGACAGGGACUGCACAAGCAUCCACAAUGCAACAGACUGCUCUGACCACCCAACAGAAGGCUGCUUUUGCCCAGAAGAAAAAGUAACGUUACAUGGAAAAUGUGUCUCGGAAAGUGCCUGCACCCAGUGUGUUGAUAUUGAUGGAACUCAACAUGAGCAUCUGGAACGCUGGAUUCCCAACUCUCAACCAUGCACUAUCUGCAUUUGUCUGGAUAACAGGAUGAUUAACUGCUCACCCAAGCCGUGCCCAACCGUCGAACCAAUCACUUGUGGCCCUUGUGAAAUUCCAAAGCUGAAGAAGACUUCCGAUCAAUGCUGCCCGGAAUAUGAGUGCGUUUGUGAUAAGAGUACCUGUAACUUACCUCCUAUACCACACUGUGAUGAUGGAAUGACACCCGUACUUACCAACCCCGGAGAAUGCACGCCGAUCUAUAGAUGUGAGUGCAAAGUGGAAGCAUGUCCUGUACCCCCAACCUGUCCAUCCCAUAAGAAGCUGACAACGACAAGCACAAAGUGUUGUAAUGAGUAUGAAUGCAGCUGUAUGUGUUCCAACUCCACAAAUACCUGUCCACCUGGAUACAUCUCCUCCAUUCUGACCGAUGAUUGUGGCUGUUAUACCGUUACCUGUACUGCAGAUCAGGUCUGCGUCCAUAAAAAUAUUGUGUAUCGCAUUGGAAGCCUGUGGGAGGAUGGAUGCCAGGCCUGUAAGUGUACUGACCUAAUGGACUCGAUCACAGGACUCCACAUAGUUGAGUGUGUUAAAAAGCAAUGUAAUACAAACUGCGGCCCGGGUUUCAGAUAUGUGACGCAGGAAAACGAGUGCUGUGGGACAUGUAAGCGGGCAGUGUGUGAACAAGAGAUGCCUCACUUUGCAGGACAUAAAGGAGAUUUUGAUGAAUCUGAGAGCACAAGCCAUUUUUAUAGUGUCGGUGCACGGUGGGCAUCUCCAUUGGAUCCUUGCAUCUUUAAUGAAUGUACACAAGUGAAUGGAGAAGUGUUUACUCUUCAGAAGAAUGUGUCUUGCUCUGACAUUGAGACCAAGAACUGCCCAAGUGGUUAUGAACUGAAGUGUGUUCAUGGAGCAGAGUGCUGUCCCACUUGCCGUUGUGAUCGCAUCCCGGGCUGUCUUCUCAAUGGAACUAUUAUUGGGCCUGAGAAGACGUUAAUGCUAGAUGAAUGCUCCUCCUGCGAAUGUAGCAUUUCCAGAGGACCAAGUCCAACUUAUAAACUGUCCUGCCAACGGACUACAUGUGAUCCUUGUCCGCGGAAUUAUCUUUUGCAAAAAGUUAAAGGCGCCUGUUGUGGCAAAUGUAUUUUGAUGUCCUGCACCAUCAGGAUGACGAAUGGAAAUCCAGUUAAUAUAGAGCCCGGCAAAUCCAUACGGGAUGGCUGUAACACCUACACCUGCAAAGCUGAUGAACAAGGAGAGUUGACCCUGGAAACUGUGGUGACAACUUGCCCACCAUUUGAUCAUCAGAAAUGUUUGGCAGAAGGGGGUAAAAUUGAACAACUCGGAGACUCCUGCUGUGAAACAUGUCAGGAACCAGAAUGUAAGCAGGUUGCCGGGGUCCUGAAGUAUGUAAGAGUCGAUGACUGUGUGACGGAAAGACAGCUAAAUAUACACUACUGCGAGGGCAAAUGUACCAGUAAAUCCAUCUACGCAAUAGAGACACACCGCAUGGAAGAUCAAUGCAUUUGCUGUUCUGCCACCCAAACAGAGCCAAUGAAAGUGCCCCUGCGAUGUGCUAAUGGGACCAUAGUAGAACAUGAAAUCUUACAAGCCACCAACUGUGAAUGUCAGUCUCGUAAAUGUACCACUAUCAACUCUGCUCCAUGAGACAAUUAUUUAAUCUCAAUUGCUAAAAAGCUUUUUUUUUACCCAACAGCAACCUAUUUGAAAUAAACUUAGUUUACUACUCAGGCUUCCCUGGGUAACUGUACAUAAAUGCUGUUUGCUCUGUAGUCUCAUGCACUUGUCAUCUUGUACAAUCAUGUAUCAUUUACGUUUUCCAUGUUCUCAUACAACCUAAAUUUAUACAACACUCAUUUUAUUUUGCAAGGUAUGGUGGGCUACUGUGGAGAAAUUGAGCACACUCCUAACUAGCUAAAUUCAAAAAGUGAAAAUUUGCUGCUUAUAGGGCCUGUUUUUUUUCAUGUGUACCCUAAGACUUGUGCAGUACUGCUAAAAGCUAAGACAUUUGGGAUGUAUAUGCAUCUAGUGUAAGACCUGGAUUUAUUACAAUCCACUUAAAAAUACCACGUUCCAAAAUAUUUUGCACAUUUUCUAUUCUUUGAUCUGGGUUUCAUUUCCAUCUGUCCGCAAAAAAAUCUAUGCAUACCCUUAAAGUGGGCCUGAACUUAAAAAAAGUAAAGAUUUCCUAUGUUACAAUAAAUAUUUUUAAAUGUUAAUUUAUGCAUUAGCAGUGCUCUGAAAAAAACAUACAUUUUGUCCUGAAUUCCUCCUGAAAUGUAUCAGUGCACUUCCUGAAAUGGAAGGGUGCCUAAGUACUCUUGUACCUACAACCUCAGAGCUGUCUGCAAUGUGAGGUGUAAGGCAUUUCUGCUUCUGCUUGCUAGUCUCAUGAGCAUUGGAAUAAGAUUGGUUGACACUCACUGUUCUGCUUGCUGGAGGCUCUGACAUGAGGAAGCAAACCCAUGCCACACAGAAACACAGUGCAGAAUAAGGCAUGGUAAAUUAGUAUCGAGUGGUUAUCAGCUGCAGAGAGACCACAGGCAAUACUGGUGACUAUUUCUUUCUCUUCUGUUUAUGUUUCUUUUUAGUUAUUUUUUGUGUUUAAAUGAAACUAAAUUUGUCAUGUUGGAACAUUAAAUAAACAAAGUAAUCUAAUACA